AUGUCCGAAUAUAAUAACGACACGGAUCCAACUCCUAAUCCCACAUUAGAAGAACCAGAGGAAUUAUUGAAUAGUUAUCAUAACGAAUCAAGUGAUUCCAGCGAUAUUGAAAUAAGCCGGAUCAGCAAAUUGCGUCGCAGCUCUUUUCGUAAUACCACGUUCCACUAUCCGGCCUUGCCUAUGCAAAGUUUUGGCCAUCAUUCUUCGAUAACUCCUGAAAUUCCGAGUACAGCCCGAGACGUUACUCUUAAAUCCGCUCAGAUAAUUGACGAUAGUUCCGAUUCAGAGUUUCAUAUAUCCAAUGAAUCCAGUAACGAUGAGCCGGCAAAGAAAUCCAUUACGUUCACAGGCCGCCCACUAAUUAAAACUGAUUUGGAAUUUAUCAGAAAGCAACGUAAAAGAAAGCAAACUCCAAACAAAAUUAUAUACAAGGAUUGAAAA